UCCGUACGCGAUCGUCGAAUAUUGUAUUCGAAGUGAUCGUUCGAACACCGGAAAGGCGUCGCAGCUACGUAAAUUAGACGAGCCAAGAUUACGUCGUGUAAAGUUCAGUUAAAAAUUCGAUAGUCGAGGUUGCGUGGUCUAUUGAGGUUCGUACAGUCUCGGAAGCGAUCGAGUAUCUCCUGUGCAAGGAUCAGGAUAGCUUUAUCUGUAGCCAGUGCAGAUUCAUCCCUACGCUUGGGACGUUUUACUCGGUGCGGAUUACGCAAACAGCGAAGAUUCAUCUCGUGGGAAACGAGCCCACAGGAACACAAAAAUGUUCGCUAACAGGUGUCAAACUGUUCGGUGUGGUCGAAUCUUGUCACGGCAACUUAUCAAUGGAAAUACGACCUCGUGGAAAAGAUGCCUAACUGGAUUUUUAUCGGAAGAACCGAAAAAGCCGGUAGUCGCAACGGAAAUACCGGGUCCCCAAUCACGUAAUUUGUUACGAGACCUCAAUACGAUGCAACAAGCCUCUUCUGUACAAUUCUUCGCGGAUUACGAAAAAUCAACGGGUAACUACAUAAUGGACGUCGAUGGCAAUGCUUUGCUCGAUGUUUAUAUGCAAAUUUCAUCGAUGCCUUUGGGCUACAACCACCCAGCUAUGUUGAGAGUCCUCGCUGAUCCUGUUAAUCAGAGAAUCAUAGCAAACAGACCUGCAUUAGGUGUCUUCCCUGGAAAGGAUUGGCCACAUAGGCUUAAAAAAAUUUUACUCCAAAAAGGAGUUGCUCCACCGGGAUUAUCUUGUAUAACGACCAUGAUGUGCGGCUCUUGCUCCAACGAGAAUGCUUUUAAAAAUAUUUUUAUUUGGUACGCCGACUGUCAAAGGAAAGGUUCACCGUUUACAAAAGAUGAAAUGGAAUCAUGCAUGAUGAAUCAAGUUCCUGGCGCGCCAAAAUUCUCCAUACUUUCAUUCAAAGGCGCAUUUCAUGGAAGAACAUUGGGAUCCCUCUCGACCACCCAUAGCAAAUACAUUCACAAAAUAGACAUUCCGGCCUUUGAUUGGCCCGUUGCGUCAUUUCCUGUAUACAAAUAUCCGUUGAACGAACAUACUCGAGAGAAUCAGAAAGAAGAUCAACGUUGUCUAGCUGAAAUUGAAGAAUUAUUUGAGAAAUAUAAAACUGAGAAGAAAAUUCCGGUCGCCGGUGUAAUAGUGGAACCAAUUCAAGCCGAAGGAGGUGACAAUCAUGCAUCUCCAGAAUUUUUUCAAGAAUUGAGGCGCAUAACGAAAAAGCACGGAGCAGCUUUAUUAAUCGACGAAGUACAAACUGGCGGCGGUCCAACAGGAAAAAUGUGGUGUCACGAACAUUUCAAUUUAGAAUCACCGCCAGACGUAGUGACUUUCAGUAAGAAAAUGCAGCUGGGUGGUUAUUACCACGUUGAAUCUUUAAAACCUAAACAAUCGUACCGUGUAUUUAACACUUGGAUGGGAGAUCCUAGUAAAAUAAUACUACUCGAAGCAAUUUUAGAAACGAUACGGAACGAAAGUCUAUUGGAUAGAGUUACACGCGUUGGUGAUUACACGUUGAAACAACUAAAGACUUUACAGAACGAAUUUUCUACUAUGAUCAAUUCGGCUCGUGGUCGUGGAACGUUCAUUGCAUUUAAUUGUGCCUCGCCUGAACUUCGAGACGCAAUAAUAAAGAAACUCUUGACCAAAGGUAUCCAAACCGGUGGCUGUGGAUCUACAGCGGUAAGAUUAAGGCCCGCAUUGACGUUUACAGAACAACACGCGGACAUAUUUUUAGACGCACUCAGAUCAACCUUAAAGGAAUAAUGGCAUGUGUAUGUAUAUUACCUUAUAAAGUACGUUCCUCAUGGCAUUUCAAAUCAAAAGUCUUCCACUAAAAAGAGUCUUCCAUUAAAACUUAUUUUUGUAUAGUACGUUUAUUGUAUCACAGAAUAAGUCGGCGUACAUAAUAAUUAAACUAUUAAUACUAUUUAUAUUUAUGUAAAAAAAUUUGUCAAUAUUUUGUAGUAUGUUUCACUACAUUUUUAAAAACACCAUAAGAAACUGACACUCUGUAACAAAUUGAUCAGGCUCAUACAAAUUGUUCUUAUUUCGUUAUCUUAUGUACAUCAUAUAUCCGGCUGCAGUUAAAUGAAAUUCAAUGUAUUUACAAUGAAUUUAUCUUGAAAGAAAGCUACCAUCGAGAAACCUUUAAACCGUGAGUCGAUGUUUUAUACUUCCUUUCCAUCAAAAUAGAUAGAACUUCAAUCUUUAUUCAUUCAUUUGUUAUAUUUUAUUCACAAGUUUAUUUCGACAUCUUUUUCAAAAUAUCCGAGAAAUGUUCAUACUCCUUAUGAUGACUCUUUAGUACCAUAUAUGCUAUAGUUUUCAUCUGCAAAG